AUGGACGUCUACACCACAGCUUUUUCCUAUCCCGCACCCCAUUCGCCGACGCCUGCCUAUAUUCCCAAAGACCCUCUAUCGGUGCCUCCACAAACAGGCGGAACCAGCUCUGGCACACUCGCGACAUCCACCCCGCGUACCGCUCCCGCGGCUUUCCCUGCCGUCCCGCUUCCCAAUGUGCCAGAAGCCCCACCCGCGAGUGCAGACUGCACACCGCCCAAGUCCCCUCAGAAGGUGGAAAGGGAAUGGGAGGCUGUUCAGAAGCUGGCGUCCGACAUUACUGCUCGCGAGGGAUGUCUUGUCACUGUCACUCGAGAGAGCACCGAUUCCAUGGCCGAAUCUUCUACCGUGUCCGACCCUCCUGCUACGAUUUGGAACUUCCACUUGUCGGGUGUUUCAAAUGCAGUCUUGUCUGCUCGAGGCUCCAUCUUACGCGAUGUGCCUCAAGACAACCGCAUCACUGUCAAAGUUCCUCGCUCCGACAUCCUUGAAGCAAGUCAACAUGUGUUGAAGCAAGAAGUUGUCCGACGAUUAGGAGUCAUUGCGAUCGACAGCAAAGCAUUCAUAUCUGUCGUCAGCUAUGAUAACUCCUCGAAUGAAGGACAAAAAGUACUGGCUACCGCUAGUGAAGACGGUGUAAAGACGCUGGAGAGUGAGAACGGCAAGGCUGGUUAUGACAAGUCGAGCGGCCGUAUGGACAAUGGAUCCGCCGCUCUGGAAGAGAUCGGCUACAAGUUCAUCGUGACUGGCCCGAUGGAAUCUGUCCACAUUGCCAAAGUCCGACUUCUAGUCAUGAUCGAUGAGCUUUCUGGUCUCCACGCCGAGAUUUGCGAUAUAGAUUACAAACUGCACAACAUCAUCGCGGGCCGCAAACGUGCAUAUAUACAACAGAUCCAAGAGGAAACCGGCACCAAUAUUUAUUUGCCGACUUCUCUUUUUGGGAUGGCUCAUCCUGGCUUGAGCAUUCAUGGAGGAGAGCAAGGAAAAUUGGGGAAGGCGAACCAAAUCUGGAUAUCCGGAGAGUUCUUUGGGGUCCAGAGGGCUAGAGACAUGCUCUUGAACAUUGCAAUGCAAAAGUGCAAGUUGAUCAUCUCCAGAGACGCAGCAAUCCUUCCUAGAAAGCUGGACUGGUUGUUGACUGGCAAGAAAAUUGAUGAAGUCAGGACCAUCAUGAACGACAAUGGCACUUAUGUUCAAGUACCUUGCGUUGGUGGUCAGACGAGCAUGAUUUCGGUCUUUGGUGAUCAUCGAGCCAACAUUGAGAGGACGAUUCGAAGUAUCAUGGCUCUGGCUUGCCAAUUCUAUGUGGCAUCUCUUUGGCUUUUACCGCCACCCGUUGAAGUUGGGCCUCGCGUGGUUCUUAACCCUGCUCAGAUACAACCUGUCGUGAAACAUAUUUCUCAUGUCACUGGGGCAGAGGUUGUAUACAAGCCCAACAUGUUUGAGGUCAAUGGCUUGGAGCGACAGGUUACUUCUGCCAUGUUGCUGCUCAUGGAUGUCGACGUCCUCCACAACUUUGUACCCGAGGUCCGGUUCCGAGUGGAGCUAGCGAACGAGCAGCGGGAAUUCUUCAGUGGCAAGAAGAAUGGCAAAAUCAACAAGAUCAUGAAGAUGACCAACGCCAAAAUCCGCUUCGAGACUCUCAACGACUACAACUUCCUGAUCGAUAUAGCGGGGAAGAAUCAAGAUGCUCUUCAAGGCCUCUCUCUGAUCCAAGAGGAAUUGCCAGCUGAAAUAUCAUUCUACGUCCCAGAAAGCUACCACAAGCGAAUCAUUGGUGUGGGAGGAAAGAACAUCCAGAAGAUCAUGAAGAUCUACAAUUCUUUCGUCAAGUUUUCCAACGCCGAAGAAUUCGCAUCGCUCGGAGGCUACUUUGAUAACGAAGACAAUGUGUACGCCAAGACCCCGUCGAAGAAUGGGGCAAACCUGUGGGAGUUGAAGCAGGCCAUUAUGGAGGUAGUGGGUCUGAAAGAAAGGAAUUUUUACACGGAUUAUGUUUCCAUCCCCAGACCCUAUCACAGGACUCUGCUGGGAGAGAAGAGUAUAUUCAUCCACGACAUUGAACAGAAGACGAAUACAGUUGUCAGAUUCCCUUACAGUGAGACUGGGAGUGAUGUGGUCUCAAUCUUUGGCCCUGCUACUGAGGUUCCUCUUGCUGCAACUUUGCUGCUCGAGCUUGUGCCUUUCGACGUCAGUACCACUCACGUUGCUCGGCAGGCCGUCCAGCUAGAGCAGACCGAAUCUCUGUUUGGCAAAAUGACACUUGAUUCUGAUACGAACGGUGCGAAUGGCGCUGGAUCCAAGGGACUGCCGGUUCCUCCAUUGAGCUUCCAUCAGGAUCGCAGGAUAGAAGAGCUCUGGCCUAUCGUCAAUCCUGUCUCGCAACGUCCGGCUCCUACUCGUACCGAGAGUGACCACCAGAAGCGAGAAUCCGACCCCGUCAUCAACGACAGGAUUCGACAGGCAUCCACUGGUCAUGUACCCGCAGGCUCGCACAGCGGUGCUCUACCUCCUCAUCGACACCAUCCUCACAGCCAAUCCCGCAUAAAUGCCAAUAGACACCAAUCUUUGGACAUUUCCCAGCUCAACUUUUCUCGAGCGUUGUCCGGUGGCAAGUCUUCGCCGUUUGGAAUGAUGCCUGGGUCCCCUCCCAUUCUUGAUUCCAGUCCGAAUACGGCCACGGGUGGCUUUAUGCCUCGCGCGCCUUCUCCACCAGGAAGGCUGUAG